GAAACAAUGAAUGCGUUUGCAGAAAAUAUAAUAUUUCAAUUUAACUGAACAUUUGUAUACUUUAUUGUUGUAAGCUGCUGAACAAGUCUGCAAUCUAGGACAACUUGGCAAAAUGCAUGGCCGUGUAAAAGUGAAGACUACAGCUGAGCAGCAGGAAGCUAAGAGAAAGGAAAGAGAGAAGAAACUGAAACUGUACACAAGUGCAACUGAGAAAAUCUUCUCUAAAAGAAAGAAUAAAGAAUAUGAUGAAGAAGCUCUGAAGAUUACAGGAGAGAUUUUAUCUAUGAACUCUGAUUUUUCUACUUUCUGGAACUACAGAAAAGAGAUUUUUCUACAUUUUAAAGACAAUAAACCAGAAGAUGAGAUGCAUGAACUAUUUAAGGGCGAGUUACAGUUCCUGGAGUCCUGUCUCAGACAGAACCCAAAAUCAUACGGUGUAUGGAACCAUCGUUGCUUUAUUAUGGAUACGAUGGCAAAACCAGACUGGAAACAAGAACUUCAUCUAUGCAAUCUCUUCUUGGAGUAUGAUGAGAGAAAUUUUCACUGUUGGGAUUAUCGUCGAUUUGUUGUCAAGCGAGCAGAGAUUCCGCCUGAGGAGGAACUAGAAUUUACGACAAGCAAAAUUUGUAACAAUUUUUCAAACUUUUCUUCAUGGCAUUACAGAAGUAAGCUCUUGCCUCUAAUAUAUCCAGAUGAGGUCACCUCAGUCGGUGUAGAGGAGAGUGUUCUAAUUAAAGAAUAUGAGACGGUUCAGAAUGCAUUUUUCACAGACCCUGAUGAUCAAAGUGCAUGGUUUUAUCACAGGUGGCUUCUUGGUAGAGGUAAAAGAAAGACAGGUGUAGGAUGUAUGAUGGUGGACAGGUCGGAACAAGUUCUGAUGAUCAACACUACACAACCUGUUUUGAUAUCUCCGUCAACAUGUGAAAUAGAUGUUAGUGUUAAUGGAGAAAGAGUGGAAGGUGUUUGGUGCACACACAAAAAACAGACAGAAUGUUAUUCCCCCUUAUGGAUAUUUAAACCAAAAGACUCAGAACCGUGGAUUCCUUCAAAUGAAGAAGUUGAAGUGUCAGUAGCUGCUGCAGGCGAGGACUGGGGGUCGUCAGAUAGUCUAGAGUUAACUCCUUGGGAGACGUGCCAUUGGAUCUUCUCUCAAGAAGAGCAGGGUUCAAGAUUUAGAGAUGAGCUGAGUGCGGCCACAACAGAUACACUGCAAAGGGAGCUGGAAUCUGUUCAGGAACUGUUUGAGGUUGAACCUGAAAACAAGUGGGUGCUGUUAACCAUUGUGUCAUUAAUGAAGGCUCUGGAUCCAUUAAAGUAUAGAGACCAAAUAGAAGAGUUUAUCACAAAGCUGAAAACCAUAGAUCCUUUCAGACUGAACUACUACGAAGACCUUAGAAGCAGAUUUACCAUAGAAAAUUACAUCGAACAGCUUGAUUUUGGAACAAGAGUGAUGUCCCUUCCUAAUCAAAAUUUAACAUGUAUUGUCCAUCCAGAGUUAUUCUCCUUGGUUGUAAAAGUUGAGUUAUCUAAUAAUAGACUUGAAAGCCUGAAAGGAUUCAGCUGUUUCCAGUGUGCCAUAGAUAUCCAUGUAGAUGGGAACCAGAUAAAAGAGCUUGAAGAGUUGUCUUUCUUGCCCUGCCUCAAACAACUAUCAAUUAAAGACAAUUGCAUAUCAUCUUUAGAUGCAUUAAAGCCACUUGCACACACACCACUGCUCAAGCUGUAUUUAUUUGGGAACCCAGUGGAAGAGAACCUCGAACAUAAAGAAGUUAAAAAGAUGAUACGAACACUUCAUAAUGUUGAUGGACAUAUGUACUGAGUGUGGUAGAACUAAGUUAGAUGGGAUAGUAUGGUGCUGUUAGAAUAGAUAGGUUGAAAGGAAGGCAACUACUGGUGCAUUUAGACAGUUAUAAUGGCUUUUGUUAGGCCAACUUUAAAAAUAUCUUUGUUUCCCUUCCCGUGACACAUGCUGUUCACUGCUGGGUGGGUAGGGAAAUAUUUUUUCUUUACACAGUAUUUCUUAUUUAAUACAUUUCCAUUUCAAAUAUAUAAUUGUGUUAUAUGAAGUCAGACUUUGCUUCCAGCACAUUAAUAACACCACUUUUUCAGCCAUAAACAGCACUGUAAUAUUCAUCUUCAGCUUAAUUUGAAAGAAUAACACUGAAAUGAAUAAUAUACUUAAAGAAUUAAUACUACACAGUCUAAAAAUAAUGUUGCAUUUAUAUUUGUGAUAAAAUAUUGUGAGUCGAGGCAAUUUUGUGAUGGUGGUGGGAAGAAAAAUUAACAUUUUUUAUUCUUAUAAUGUGGUUGCCUCAUGUUUUGUUAAGAUUUUUUUUUUUUUUUUUUUUUUUUGCUAUUUCCUAUUUUUGAAUUGUUAUAUAUUUGUAUUCAGGUUGAAUAUAUAGUUGAUAUAACAGAAAGUAUUAUUAAUCCAUCCUUUUUAAUUGCCUCCCUUUAUGGCUUUUAUGACAGUAUAUUAAGUUCAUGUGCAACAUUGAAAGAAGAGCUUUUUAUCUGUUUUAACAUAAAAUAAAAACAGUAUGGGACUUAAGUAGGCUAGCUCUCCUUGUACUUCAUAUAGUCAUAUAGUAAAUUGAUUUCAAAUUUGAAAAUGAAGUCAUCAGUAGGUAAAAAUUUUGAUAGUAAAUAUCAUGUCAGUUUUUUUAGCUGGCCUUUAAUCUCUUGUUGAGAAAUGUUUUUUUUUAAGUUUGUUGGGAAACUGAUAUACAUGUAGAGUCUCAGCGCAAGUUUUAGUAAGCAUUAUUAACAUAAAAGAUAAAGUUGUGAAUUGGUUCUUUCAACCAAUUUCUUGUAUUCUUCCAUUAGGGUUAUGUCACAUACUGCAUUUUUCCUGGAUGUAAACAAAAUACUUCUUUUGAGGUAUUUUGAUGUACAUGUAUAUACAUACGUGUAUUUUUUAUUUGAACUCAUUCAAUGUAUUCAUAUAUAUAAAUCAAGAAACUUAUAAUUAUGAUGAAAAAAUGCAAUUAAGCAUAAGAGUACACUGUGAAAUGAUUUAACCACAUGCACACAAAUUUCUGUGGUUUUGGUCAAAAGACAAUUAUUUGGGAUAUGACUUUGUGGGCAUAAAAUGAAUAGAAAGUUUUCUUAUUCAUUGGAAUUAAAUUUCAUGAACUGACCCAACCGUUGAAUCCAUCCAUAAGUAUUAACAAUUUCACAGUUGUUUACUGUUCUUUCUCUUGGAGCUGAUUGCCUAUGUGAGUUAUAGAACUGCAAGCUAUUGUUCUGCUGAUGAAAGUGUGGAAUGUUGUGAGUUUUGCAGUUGCUGCAUUUAUAUAAUGUGCAAUAAAAAGAAUUUACAAUUUUAUGAAUAAAUAAUGUAUACUAUCUA